UGUUUAGCCAUCUCCCCCAAGAUGUAAUUAUCUGCACCAGCACCGUGCACAUGGUCUGGCUCUCUGAUCACUACUGGUAGCUGCAGCCUUAGCUCAGACAUUCCAAUGCAAUGAGGCGGCGGUGUCAGGGCUGGUCAUCCAGCCCAGCAAUUAUACACCCCCAGCCCCGCUCUCUCAUUCAUAACACAAGGGAUACUAUGGUUCCUGACCAACGUUCAGCGCUGCAGAAAUCUGAGGAGGCUUUCACCCCAAGAUCUCAUACAAACUUCUCUAUGCUAAAACUCUGCUGCACAUGUAUUGCUGAGCCAGUGAUCACAGCCAGCCUUCACCAAGUCAUGUGAACUGCACAGAAUCCUGUUUUGUGGAUGAUCUUGCAGCAGCACAGACUCCUGGAAUGUAACUUGAAUCCACAUGACUGUUAUCAGAAAUAAAUGCAGUAAGCUCCUCUUGUGCAUCUCUGGAGUAAACAGCUGGAUAAAACUACCCUUAAAAAAACAUGACUUGUGACACAGUAUCGGAUUCAAGACUAGGCAAAACACAGCAUUCGACAUCUGUUGCAAAACAAAAUAUUUUCCAUGGUAUCAAUAUUUUUUUUACAAAAAAUAUGAACUUUCUUUUAUGUACAGUACAUUUUGUAUCUGGUCUGUGAGUGACGGGAAAAAUCAGAAAAAUGACCUCUGAGGACAUAGCAGCUUCUGUUGCUUUACCACCAGUGGACGGGAAAGUGAUAUCUUCUCAGUCAACUGGAGAUGAAAAUUCUAAGAAUACUUUGGAUACUUGUGUUAUAAUAAGAUCGAGUACAGUACAAGAACAAGAGAACACCAAGGCCGUGAAAUGCUUACAUAUGUCCGAAGGGCACAAUCUUCACAAUUCUGGGACCAAGUCCUUUUUAAUAGCAGGGAAAGGAGAAUGUACAGAAAAUACUAAUGACCGAGAUGCUCUGCAAGGUAACGCUUGCAUUUCCCAUUCAGUUGACUUUUUAAACAUUAACAGCAAAAUGUUUGAUAGAUCUUGCAAAACCAACCUAGGUUUUAAUCAGUUUUGCAAGUCCUACAAUCCUUUGAAAGGGAGUAAUGUUUGUAUUGAGCCUAAGAUUCCUGCUGUGUUAACAGAAAUUAAAUUUAAAGUGGAUGGGUCUUCAGUGGAGGGGAGGGCAUUAAAUGGUCAGUUAAUAGUAAAUGAUCACUGCACAGAUGGUGUUAGUUGCAUUCCAGCAUUGCAUAUAAGUUAUUCCACUCAGAAGAGCGCUUUAUGUUCCACAAAUAACCAGUGUAUUUUAAGCAACCAUUUACAGACAAUGAGAACAAAUUGCUGUGACCGUUUUGUCUCCACCACUUGUCACUUGAACGAGCAGCCUGAAAGCUGUGACAGGAACGAUGGACACAUAGGUUUUGCUAAUUAUCAGUCAAGGUUGUAUUUUGAAAAAAACCCAGUGCUUUCUGGAGAUAAUACCAAUGGACAGAAUUUACCAUGCAGUAUGUCCUCAAAGCCUUUACAAUGUCAGGAUGCCUAUGAAAGUUGCAUGGAUGAAAUAGAUAAUUUCUCGCGGAACAGAAAGGACCGUUCAGCUUUGCUGAUCAGGCGGUUUUGUAAAAAUUACAAAGAAGUGAAAAAGUCUGUUUAUACAGGAACAAGUGCAAUUCUGAAAUCUUUGCCUUCUGGUCAUAUUGGAACGAAAGCUUGCUGCUUUGUUGAAAGAAAUCAAGAAAACACAAAUGAACUGAAGUGUAGUUGGCUGACAGCUAAACGCUUGACUUCCGUACAAGGUUCAGUGAGAAGGGAUUUUCUAUGCUACUUGGUGAAAUUGACAAUGUGUCAGAUUUGUAGUGCAGGCCGUGGGGAAGAGGACGAUGGCGAAUUUUCUAUUUGCCUUCUUGAGAAACGGUUCAUCCCAGUGCAUUAUCCAAUCAUUAACCUAUCUCCAAUACAAGAGACCAGUGCUGGAUUUCAUGCAACUUUGCAAAGGACUACCAUUUCUCAGUUCAUAAGUGGCGCAUUAUUAGAGGCAACUGCAUUGUUGGGUGCACGAAGUGGUCUUCCCAAUUUGCUUGGUGGCUUAACUGGAAGAAUAAUGCUGAAAGAACGCCAGCCGUGUUCAACAAUGGCAACAUCAAAUUCCCAGACGGCUAGCGCAGCUGGACUAAGCAAAGAGUUGGUGGAUCUGCAGCAUCUCAUUCAGUUUCCAGAAGAGAUUGCAAGCAUUCUUACUGACCAAGAACAGGAGAUUUAUCGGAAAGUGUUGCCCAUUGAUUACCUCUGUUUCUUGACAAAAGAUCUUGGAAGUAUUAAAUGUGAGACUAACUUUCCAGAUAUAAAAACAUCACUGUCUGCAUCUCUGUUGAAACUAAAGAAUGGGGAACACAACACUGUGGAAGGUCUUGUGGCACGGUUUAAUGAGGUUAGCUCAUGGGUGACCUGGCUGAUCCUUGCUGCAGGGUCCAUGGAGGAAAAACGCGAAGUUUUCUCCCACUUGGUGCACAUAGCGAAGUGUUGCUGGAACGUGGGCAAUUACAACGCUGUGAUGGAAUUCCUGGCUGGACUCAGGUCACGGAAAGUGCUGAAAAUGUGGCAAUUUAUGGAUCAAAGUGACAUAGAGACGAUGAGAAGCUUAAAAGAUGCCAUGGCCCAGCAUGAACUGUCCUCGGACUAUAGGAAAGUGGUGAACAGAGCACUGAAUAUACCGGGCUGUAAAGUUGUUCCUUUUUGUGGAGUUUUCUUGAAGGAACUGUGCGACGUUCUUGAUGGAGCUGCAAGUCUAAUGAGAUUAUGUCCUCGCUACAAUUCUCAGAAUGAAACACUGGAGUUUGUGUCGGACUACAACGGGCAAGACAACUUUCUGCAACGAAUAGGGAAAGAUGGAUUAAACAACACUGAAAAAGAAUCAACCGUGAAUAAUAUCAUGCAAACCAUUCGCAGUUGCAACCGCAGCUUGGAGUCUGAGGAAGGUGAAGAGAACAGCAGUGAGUGCGGCACCUCAAGAAAAAACUCUGUCAUGGAUAGAAACAGAUUCCACUCAAAGAGAAGCCAUGAUUCAAAUCGAGUUCUAUUUCUUAUGGGAGACCUAUCUGAUUCUGAAAGUGAUAUUUCGGAUCAGUCAAAGGAAUUCGAUUUGCAUGGAUCUGAGGAGCAGCAGAAGGCAUUUAGCCAUGGUACAGAACUUAUUCCGUGGUAUGUGUUAUCAAUCAGGGCUGAUGUCUACCAGUUUCUACAGCAAGGUGUUACGGUCAUCCGCUAUGACCAGGAGACGCACAUUUCCGUUCGCUGUUUUCUCCAGCUCCAACCAGACAAUAGCACUCUGACCUGGACGAAACCAGCCACCACUUUUCUUGCAAACACUAAAUAUAAACUUGGUGCCCCAGGUAGCACUGCAGAGAUGAAGCUUCAGUCUCUCGUCAAUGCUGGAAUGAGUGGACUUGUGGAAGGCUUCUUGGACUUGUUCUCAGUUAAGGCUGUUUACAUGGGACAUCCAGGCAUUGAUCUGCACACUGUGUGUGUUCAAAACAAACUAUGUAAUAUGAGUCUGGAAGAAAAUGGUGUCACAUUGCUUUUUGGACUACACACUACUGAGAAUAAGUUGUUACAUUUUGUAGCUCCAAAGAACACCGCUAGAACAAUAUAUGAUGGAUUGCUGGAACUAACCAAAGCCGUAAGAAAGAUGAAACACUUCCCAGAUCAGAGGCUGCAGUGGUUGCGGAAACAGUAUGUCAGUCUCUACCAGGAGGACAACAGAUUUGAAGGACCAACACUGGCACAAGCUGUUGAACUUUUCGGAGGCAGACGUUGGAGCGCAAGAAAUACAAGCACGGGAACAUUGACCAAAAGCACUGAAAAGCCGAAUGUGCAACGUAACAAUACUCUAGGGAUAAAUGCAGCCAAGAAAAAGAAAAAAGUACUUAUGAGGGGUGAAAGUGGAGAUGCUGCUGAUGAUGAGAUGGUAACACGCAAAAGUAAGAGUGGCAAAGACAGUCGCAGUAGAAGUGGCUCCGAUCCCCCAGAAGUUGAUGAGCAUGAAGAGCAAGCAGACCAGAAUAUUGCAGCUGGUUUUCCUACAUCUCAUUCCCUGCCUUCACGAAGAGCUCAUUCAGUGUCUGCUACUGGGUCUCCAAAUCUAACCCCCGGGUCAGCAACACCUCUCCGACCUGCAUCCUCUCCUGUUCUGUCCAGCUCCAACAAACCUCCAUCUACCACAUGGAGCAGUUCCAGUUGGCACGGAAGAGUUAAGGGUGGCAUGAAAGGCUUUCAGUCCUUCAUGGUAUCUGAUAGUAACAUGAACUUCGUUGAAUUUGUAGAACUAUUCAAAUCUUUCAGUGUACGAAGCCGCAAAGACCUCAAAGACCUUUUUGAUGUAUAUGCUGUUGCCUGCAACCGUUUGGGUUCUGAAUCCAUUCCACUGUACACGAAUCUGACAAUUGAUGAAAAUGUCAGCGGUGUUCAACCAGAUUUAGAUUUAUUGACCAGGAACGUGUCAGACUUGGGUCUCUUCAUCCGUAGCAAACAACAGUUGUCAGAAAACCAGAGACAGAUUUCAGACGCUAUUGCUGCUGCCAGCAUUGUAACCAACGGCACUGGAGUGGAGAGCACCUCUCUUGGUAUAUUUGGAAUGGGAAUACAGCAGUUCAAUGACUUCUUGGUCAAUUGCCAAGGAGAGCAUUACACUUAUGAUGAAGUACUCAGCAUUAUUCAGAAAUUUGAGCCAAGCAUUACCAUGCGCCAGCAAGGACUGAUGUCAUUUGAAGGAUUUGCGAGGUAUCUAAUGGAUAAAGACAACUUUGCAUCAAGAAACGAUGAAUCUCAGAUAAAUGUAGAAGAACUGCACUUCCCGCUGUCAUAUUAUUUCAUUGAAUCUUCUCACAAUACCUACCUUACUGGUCACCAAUUGAAAGGAGAGUCUUCUGUGGAACUCUACAGUCAGGUACUUUUACAAGGCUGCAGAAGUGUUGAAUUGGACUGCUGGGAUGGAGAUGAUGGCAUGCCUAUUAUAUAUCAUGGGCAUACACUUACCACUAAAAUCCCCUUUAAGGAAGUCAUAGAAGCUAUUGACCGUAACGCAUUCAUCAACUCUAAAAUGCCGAUCAUAAUAUCUAUAGAGAAUCACUGCUCUUUACCCCAGCAACGGAAGAUGGCUGACAUUUUCAAGACUGUCUUUGGCGAAAAGUUGGUAACAAAGUUCCUGUUUGAGAGUGAUUUCUCGGAUGAUCCGAUGCUUCCAUCCCCGUGGCAGCUAAGGGGAAAAGUCCUGUUAAAGAACAAAAAGCUGAAAGCGCAUCAGACGCCUGUGGAUAUCUUGAAACAGAAGGCUCACCAGCUUGCUCACAUGCAAGCACAAGCAAGCAAUGGUACCCAGGUGAUGAAUACCAGCACCAACAAUGAAGAAGAAGAUGAUGAUGAAGAUGACUAUGACUACGACUAUGAAUCUCUUUCAGAUGCUGAUGUCCUUAAUGCUUCCCCUGCGCCUAACAGCCAGGAAGAUAAUAUACUUGACGACCGUCCUGAAAGUAAGCCAUGCAAUGAGAAGCUGCAAUUUGAAUAUAACGAGGAGGCUCCUAAGAGGGUGAAGAAGACGGAUGGCAGCAUUAUUAGCAAUAAAGGAAAGGUCUACGACAUGGAAUUGGACGAAGAGUUUUAUCUGCCUCAAAACAAGAAAGAAAGUAGACAGAUCGCCCCAGAGCUAUCAGACCUUAUCAUCUACUGCCAAGCUGUAAAAUUUCCCGGCCUUUCAACAUUAAACCCAUGUGGAUCUGGCAGAGGAAAGGAAAGAAAAAGCAGGAAGUCCAUUUUUGGCAACAAUCCUGGUAGAACAAGCCCUGGGGAACCUACAGCACUGGCCAAAACAUCUGGAAAAGGCACAGCUGAUACACGGCAGAGCUGGGAGGAGCCGUGUUCACCUCCUUUCAACCCCAGCACUUCGCUUAGUGCCAUUAUACGAACACCCAGGUGCUAUCACAUCUCGUCACUGAAUGAAAAUGCUGCCAAGCGAUUAUGUAGACGGUAUUCGCAGCAGCUGAUUCAGCACACUUCAUAUCAGUUGUUAAGGACAUAUCCAGCCGCUACACGCAUUGACUCUUCAAAUCCUCAUCCUCUGAUGUUCUGGCUCCAUGGAAUACAAUUAGUUGCUCUAAACUACCAAACUGAUGAUCUCUCUUUGCAUUUGAAUACUGCAAUGUUUGAAGCAAACGGUGGCUGUGGCUAUGUGUUGAAACCACCUGUGUUGUGGGAUAGGGGAUGCCCAAUGCACCAGCUAUUCUCUCCACUGGAUCGAGACUUAGAAAGCAUGGAGCCAUCAAUUUAUUCCUUAUCUAUUGUCUCAGGACAGAAUGUCUGUCCAAGUAACAGUACAGGAAGUCCUUGCAUUGAGAUCGAUGUGCUUGGGAUGCCAGUGGACAGCUGUCAUUUCAGAACGAAGCCUAUCCAUCGCAAUACUCUAAACCCAAUGUGGAAUGAGCAGUUUAUGUUUCGAGUUUACUUUGAAGAUCUUGUAUUUCUACGCUUUGCUGUAGUAGAAAACAACAGCUCUGCAGUGACUGCCCAAAGAAUCAUUCCCCUCAAAGCCCUAAAGAGAGGCUACAGACAUUUACAGCUGCACACCUUACACAAUGAGUCCUUGGAGAUCUCCACUCUAUUCAUUAACAGCAGACGAAUGGAAGAAAUUCCCAGUGGCAGUUCUCUGCCAGCCUCGUUGUUUUUUAGCUCAGAAGAAAGAAAGGCCUCAUCGACGUUUAGAGUCACCAUACACGGAAUUCCUGGGCCAGAACCAUUCUCUGUAUUUAAUAUUAUUAGUGGUACAACCGCAAAGCAACUACUUGAUCAAAUUUUGGCUACUAAUAAAAGACCUGAAAAUAGCAUGGAGUAUUUCUUGAUGGAAGAAAAAUGCUUUAUAUCAAAGGACAAAAAUGAGUGCAAGAAACUCCCAUUCCAAAGGGUGAUUGGCACGGAAGAAGACGUCCUACAGGUUCUAAAUAGCUGGUUUCCAGAGGAAGGAUACGUGGGACGGAUCAUUCUGAAGACACAAGAAGAAAAUCUAAAUGACAAAAACAUUUCCGUGGAGAAGGAAGAAAAGGAGCCGCCUGUCAGUUCAGAUGAUGAGAGUUUCUUUGUCCAGGUACAUGAUGUCUCUCCUGAGCAGCCACGCACUGUUAUACGAGCACUGCGCUUCAGUACAGCACAGGACGUUAUUCAGCAGGCCCUCAGCAAAGCCAAAUACUCAUACAGAAUACUGAACAAUCCUAAUCCUGGUGACUAUGUGCUUCUAGAGGAGGUGAUGAAAGAGACGUCAACCAAGAAGUCAUCAACCACAAAAACAUCUCAGAGAGUCCUCUCUGACCAUGAGUGUGUUUUCCAAGCACAAAGCAAAUGGAAAGGAGCUGGAAAAUUCAUCCUUAAAUUAAAGGAGCAGGUCCAGCAGGCAGCAAGAGAUGACAAGAGAAAGGGAAUCUCUAUCGCCAGUGAACUGAAGAAGCUAGCAAAGUCUAGCAGGCAGUCCCGAAACUUCACUUUGUCUCCUCAGAUCAUGUCACCAGAAGGUACCCAGAAUAAAGAUGAAAAACCUGCAUGCAGUUUGUCCGUCAAUGACAUCAGUGAAUAGCAACUAUAUUUGUGUGCAUCGUAUUCCGUGCAGAUUGCUGUAUAUGCUACGGUGGGGUGACAAGAACCGCAGAAGACAUGGCUACAGUGGAUAAUAGACAUGUAACCAUACACCCAUCCUGC